AUGGCAGAGGAGAAGCAACCUGACCCACCUCCUAUAUACGAAUUGCAUCCGCCAGAAUGGGUGCCCAGGGCCCAUGCGUCUGCAGAUCUAGGAUAUGUUGGCUUCUUCGCUCCUCGCCCUGAUGACGCGGAAGAAGUCCUCACAGAGACCAAUGUCAAGAAUGGCCUUAUCCUCGACCAUGCUGUACCAGCUGAGUCGUAUAGCGCUCAAGAUACGAUCAAGGGUAACCUCCUCGACAAAGAGAAUGCUCUCAGCGAGCUCGAAGAUCUCUUGAACCAGGUAUUCGUCCGCAAAGCCGAGAGCAUCCCGCAGAUCCCCUCAACCUCAUUCCGCAUGCCUUCGCGAGUCACUCUGAAUGAUACAAAGCGAGAAGCAUGGUUCGCUGAUUUGGCGAACCCUGACGUGCCCCUCUACAAACUCGGAAAGAACGUGCCACACGGUGCUAAGGGACAUGAUUUGCUUGAUCUUUUGCACACCAAAAACGUCGCCAUACCUCGCGCUGUUUGGUUCCUGCGUGUUUUUGGCGGCAACGAAACAGCAGGUCUGCGAAACAAGCCUGGAUACAACCCAACUCAGUACAGUGUUGAAUGGGCGAACGUUGUCACGAGCUACCUCAAGAAGCAGUUAACUGACAUUGCUCUCCCAACCGCGCAUCGUCUCGGAUUGAACAUCAAACAAACAUUCAAGAAUUUCCUGGCUGACACGGAGGCCCGAGAGCGCUGGAUAUCUCGUUUUACAUACAGCUUGAAACUUCUGCACACAUUUUACGCGGAGGGCCUCGUAGACAAUCGCACGUUCUUGGCAUGGCUAGUACAACAAAUGGGCACUUGCAAUCUAGCUCAACUGGGAUUCGUUGCUCAUCUGGCAGACGAGUACCUCGAUGGUAUGUUAAUCAGUCGAGCGUUGACCCAUCAUUUCGUGGAAGCAUGUCUAGCAAGAAUUGUUGAGAUCCACUCGACAUCUGCAAAGGACCACCUAGCCAAUCUUGAAGAUAUGCUCAAGGAUUUGUUGUCGCGAUGUUUUCUUGCUCAGUCAGAUGCCUUUGUCAGCCCGCGGGCUUGGAUGACAUACGGAGAAUUAUUGGAGGAUAUCUUUUCACAAAGUCCUGCUACCGAUUUAUCCGACAGUGUCGGCGACAGAAAUGCCCGUGCGUUGCAUCGGACAUUCCUCGAUCGCCUUGCCGAUGUGCAGCACCGCAACGAGGCCAUGCUCUUCCGGCACUUACCCCCGCGGGUCGUGGGGAGUCUUACCUCGGCACUGGCAGACAUCAGACUUCUCAAUUCACUGUCCGGAACGACAGACAUGGAUAUUGUCGUGUUCUUCGAUGACACCCUCGGCUCGCAGUCCUCCUUCGCACGGAAGCUCGACAUCCUACUCACCUGGAGCGUGACGUCAAUGCAGUAUGGUGAUCACCGUCCGUAUGCAGCUGGCGGUCUCCUUCGGACAUGGCGACACAAGGUGGGCGAGCGCGCCAUCCGCCAUGAGGCCGCAUCCCCAGACGAAUACAUUCAAGAUCAGCUGUUUGACUGGCUAGAUUCCUCGCAAGACGCUGCGGAGCCGGAGAAUCUUCCCGCCGUGUCUUUGAUGUUUGGACAGCUCGUGAAGGACGGGCUCUUCUCAUAUCAGGCGUACAUCCAACGUCUUAUUGCGCGGGGAGAAGACGGUCUAUCGUUCGCUCAAGCUGAACAUUCGCGUCAUCGAGAUUUCCUUCGCUGGAUACCACUCCAUAGUUCUGAUGCAUCGCUCACUAGGCAAAGGAAGGUUGCGCUUUAUGGCGUCCGUGCCCGCGAGACACCUGAAGACGUCAAUGAGCGUGAGAUCAGGAAAGAAAUUCGAGCUUUACUUCCAGAGGUGUUCGAAGAAGAACAGCUCACUACCACAUUUUGGUCAAGUUGUUCCACUUUGCUCAAUGCGCCUCGCUACGAGCAGGUACGAACUGUCAAUGGAUGGUUGUUACCUAUUUUGCGCAAGCACAUCAAACAGCGAGCGCAAGAUGCAGCCGAAAGUAGUCAUAUUUUAAGGGUGUAUACGCUAACAGUAAUCCUGAUGGCACAUGGAAAGUGCUACAGUUCCAUUCUCGAGCUCACUCUAUUCACUCUGGAGCAUACAGAGACGACAAAACUCCUGACCGUUAUCAUCGAGACUCUCUGCCAGCACAUGGAAGUCUGGGCAUGCAUGAACAGGAUGCGAGACGUCACAGCAGCCCUUUAUGGUGCACAUCAAUUCUGGAGAGCUCAAGGUGUCCACAGCCGUGCCCUCAUGCACAUGUUACUGCAGGUAGAUCAAGAGCGAUUUCUGGAAACAGAACAACGUCAGCAGGUUCUAGCAGAUGUCUCGAUAUACACACAUGCACUACAACCGACUUCACAGCGACCUGAGACUGUGCCGGUCGUGCUUCCGGAAAUCCUCUUGCUUGCCACAGACCUUAACCCUGAGGCAGCAUCAAAUCUGGCCAAGAAUCUGUGGUAUAAGUUCAUGACCGCCUCCGACUGGGCCUGGAAGGUCUGGGACAAUACCAUUGCUAGUCUUCGCCAGAUUCCUGCUAUGGUCGCCGAUAUCGAAGGGCGCAGAGCUUGUGCACUACGCUAUGCUCACUUCUUACGGCAUAUUGAUCAGCAUCUCCCUCGUGGCUUCGACAAACAUGUGCUUGAAUGGUUCCUCGGUGCUGGCAAAAAUGAGGUUGCCGCUCUAUGUUCCGAGACUUGGGAUGUCGUUAUGGUGGUUCUCUUGCAUCUGUGUGUCUGCGGCGCUCUCACCACCACAACGAUUCUGCAUGGCUUGAUUUACCCGGUUUGGCAAGCAGCAGCGACGGCUACGUCCAGCGACCAAGCGAAGAACCUCGAAGUUCUUCUGGCUGCUGCUAACUCUCUCUUUGAGCGCCUUCUGCUCCGACACGAAUGUGCAACCGGGCUGCCUCCUCAGGAUGUAUUUGAAGCUCAUGGCCUUCAAACACGCUGGAGGGAUGUUUUCCGGGAAGCUCACUUUACCUCGUUGGUGGACAACAUACCGACGCUUGUUCUGGUUGAGCAUAAUGCCGUUCUCGUGGACAAUCUGCGGCAGGGAUGCAUGUCACUUCGACAGGCGAUAUGCCAAUUCAGUGUGUUCCGUCUAGGAGUCUAUCGGGAUUUGGACGCGGUUCAGUAUGCUUUCGAAAAACUACUCGAAUAUCGCGGCAUUCCGGAGACCAUGUAUGAACCGCUGAUCACUGCACUUCGUCUGAUGCUACGGGAUCCUAGCCAAGGCGCUGUUUCAGAAGAAGAUGGAUUUGUUGCCGUCUCGUCUCUUUUGACUCCGUGGAAGCUGGCCGCUACUGCCAUUGAAAUACGGUUGACACUGAAGCAGCUUGGGGAGGGUUUGACUCGGGACUCUACUCGCAACGCUGCCCAAUUAUCGCUAAACAGGCUUACGACCUUUGUCUUCCAACAAUGCAAGACACCUGAGGAGGCGGAUUUCGUUGCGGAGAUGAUGACGGAAGUCAGUCAGGAGGUUGCCGGCAAGUUCGUCAAUGCUGGGUUGCAGCGCGUCGUAGAUCUUUGCAAUGCCCCCUGCAAUUUUUCGGACGGUCGCAGUGCAGAGGAAUUUGUAGCAAAUACCGGCGAAGUGCUGCGUUUACUCUCGAAGAUUGUCGAGCGAUUUCGAAAUGCAGCUCUGCCUCCGCUCAUGCCGCACAUCCAAGACAAAUUCGUCUACGCAUUCUGCACUAGGUUGAACCAAGUCAAGGAUGUGUUGACAGAGGAGAAGCCCAUAGCUCUUGCCGAAGAUCGCACUCAUCACGCGUCGCACUGUGCAAUCUUUCUUGCACGUCUCCUGCAAUUCGACCUCGGCUUCCCAGGAGCAUGGACUGCCCAAGUGAAGAGCUUGACGGAGAGCUUGUGUAAGAUAUUCAUUGAGCUAAUCAUGCUACAUGGCCAUGGUUCCGGACUGGAUGUCGUUGCAUUCCCGCUCCUUCUUGAUACAUUAUACUGUCUACUCGAUGAGAUGCCAGUCGAUCCCAAAGCGACCACCUUUGAUCCCUUCCGGAACUAUCCCGAAUUCGAGCUCUCACAGCUCCCUGUCGGCAUGCCACCCGAGCACCGCUCGCGUAUGCGCGCGCUCCUCCCCUAUGUCGCGCUCAACCAGACUGUAGCGGACCUUGCAUAUGCGACACGCGAUGCCUCUGGCGCGCUGCACCCCGUGCAGCCCGUGCAAAACCGGCCCUGGGAAUGGACCGAACACCUCGGCGACAUCUCGCCCGGUGACCCUGCCGCGCCCGCCGCAGACAAAGAUAAAGACGGGCCCAAUGAACAUGCCACCGUACGCAACUCCGCAUCGCUCGCGCUUGAGCUCUUCGCUGCACGGAUGACGGGCGAGACGCUCGUGCCUGCAUACGAUGACGCACGCGUUGACGCCGCAGUGCGCACGUUCCAGGAGGGCACAGCUGGCGAGAGCGUGUUCAUACGCGACUGGCGCGAGACGCGAGUUGCGCUUCCGGACGAGCUCGCAGGUGCGGGCAGGGGUCGUAUGGAGCACGAAGAUGAUCCGCCCGCCGCCACAUCCUCGCAGCGUGCGUCGCCCGCGCUUUCCGUUCGUUCUGGUCGCGGGUCAGCGCAUCCGUCAGGACCCAGUUCCACAGCAUCCAUAAAGCAGAGUCCUGCGCAAGGGCAUGCGGUGCAACAUCAGCUCAGCCGCCUGUCCGUCUCAACAUCCGCAACGUCGGAAAUCAUUGACGUGGAUAGCUUUGACGUCGGAGGCGUAAGCGGGAAGCGAAAGGCGACCUCAGCUGACAUCGACGAUGAGAUAGAGAUCAUCGAGGGGCCGUCGAAGGCUACGAAGAAGCCGCGCGCGAAAGCGAGUUCGAAGACCAAAACAAAGAAGCGAUGAAGACCUGAAGUCGAGAUUACACGCAUGCUUAACUUAUGAUCUGCUUGUUCACGCCAUCUGUACAUGUACUUUAUUCAUGCUGAACCCACCCUUGA